GCGCUCAGCAACAGCAUGGGCUCUACGCCUUGCGAUUUCAGUCAAUUCACGUUUUGCCGUUUUCGCUCCCUGGGACUACGGAGAGAGUUUGCCUUUUAAGUGGUUGAGAUUGUAUGAAGUGAUUUUAAAACAAAAAACAAAAAAACCACAUCUCCUCGAUCAGCCAUCCGGACCAGUUGGAUAUCUUUCUAUAGGUCUUUCUGAAGGAAUCGGGGGGGUUGUUGUUGUUGUUGUUGCUCAGCUUUUUGAAGUUUGAAGUACCGAGGCGUUCCUAAGGGACUAGAAACCUGGUGUGUGUUUAAAGCAAAUGGCUCACCCGAAAGGUCUCUCCAAUGGACAUCUACACUGUCGUCAGAAAAAAAAUAAUUUCUUAAAACACGGGAUCCACAAAAAAAACGGCGUGGUUAAGGAAACUAAGGAAAAUGGUGUAGCAAAUGGAACUAUCUAUAAACGACCAUUUAUUGAAUCCUUUGAACAACCACCCAUGUAUGUUUCUGUGUUUACAUGUCUUGGUUUUGUAUUUGCAACAUUGUUUGGCUACUUGAGAGAUUUCUUAAGAGACCAUGGAAUACUAAGAAAGAUUGGCCCUACUGAACGGGAAGAGCAAAUGGAUUUUGUCCCACUGUAUCAAGAUUUUGAACAUUUUUUUACAAGAAACUUCUAUAUGAGAAUAAGAGAUAAUUUGAAUCGCCCUAUCUGCAGUGUUCCUGGAGUAAAAUUUGACCUGUUGGAACGUGUUUCAGAUGACAAGAACCAGACAUUUAGGUUCACUGGAAGGAUAAUCAAGAAUGUAAUCAAUAUGGGUUCAUAUAAUUACCUUGGCUUUGCAGAAACUGACCACGAUGCUUUGAAAACAGUGAGUUCAGUGUUGAAUAAAUAUGGCACAGGAAUAUGUAGCACCACACAGGAAAUCGGAAACUUCGAUAAACAUGUGGAGUUAGAAAAUACGAUAGCACAAUUCCUUGGUGUUGAAUCAGCUCUGGCAUUUGGUAUGGGGUUUGCUACAAAUUCUACAAAUAUUCCAGCAUUAGUAGGGAAGGGUUGUCUAAUUUUAAGUGAUGAGUUGAACCAUGCUUCACUUGUCCUUGGUGCAAGGCUGUCAGGUGCUACUAUUAGAGUCUUUAAGCACAACAAUAUGCAGAGCUUAGAAAAGCUUUUGAAAGAUGCAGUAAUACAGGGACAACCUCGAAGCCGAAGACCAUGGAAAAAAAUUCUUAUUCUAGUAGAGGGCAUUUAUAGCAUGGAAGGCUCUAUUGUACGCUUGCCAGAAGUUGUUUCCUUAAAGAGAAAAUACAAAGCCUAUGUCUACUUGGACGAAGCCCACAGCAUAGGUGCUGUUGGUCCUACAGGAAAAGGAGUUGUAGAAUACUUUGGAAUGGAUCCUAAUGAUAUUGAUGUAUUGAUGGGAACAUUCACGAAAAGUUUUGGAGCAGCUGGAGGUUAUAUAGCUGGCAAAAAGGAAUUAGUGGACUACUUACGAAUUAAUUCACACAGUGUAACUUAUGCCACAUCUAUGGCUCCUCCUGUAGCAGAACAAAUUAUAAGAGUAAUGAAAUGCAUCAUGGGACUAGAUGGGACCACACAAGGACGUCAACGAAUCAAUCAGCUAGCAGAAAAUACAAGGUACUUCAGAAGAAGAUUGCGUGAAUUAGGCUUCAUUAUUUAUGGCAAUGAUGAUUCUCCAGUUGUGCCUUUACUUCUAUAUUUACCUGGUAAAAUUGGGGCUUUUGCAAGACUCAUGUUAUCCAAAAAUAUUGGUGUGGUUAUAGUUGGCUUCCCAGCUACCCCAAUCACAGAAUCCAGAGCUCGGUUUUGUGUGUCCAGUGCUCAUACACGGGAGAUGCUAGACACGGUCCUGAACGCUCUAGAUGAACUGGGUGAUUUUUUGUGUCUGAAAUAUUCCCGGCAUGCUAGGUCAUCUCGUCCCGAACUGUAUGAUGAAACAAGCUUUGAACUUGAAGAUUAAGUUUCCCUCCCAUGGAGAAGCUGUAAUGAUGUUACAAGGAGGAGAUGGGGAUCUCAACAAUAGGAAUGCAUUUCUCUUUUUCUAAGGACAGUUUUUGCUUCACAGUUACCCGAUCAAAGAGCAGCAUUUUAUGUCUGUUUUUACCAGAUUGGAUUCUGUCUGCAAAGGACUAGAAUAUUGUUGCGGUUCUCUCAAAAGGAAAUAUAAGUAUUAUUGUUAUUAUUAUUAGAUCCCAAAGACUUUAACUGCUACAUCAGUUGCUAUUACAAAGCCCUUGUUGCUGUUUUAAGAGCAGAGUUAGAAAAAAAUUAAUUAUGAUAGCACUUUUUAAAAAUGAAUUGGAAUGGAAUGUAAUAGCUGAAAAAAGUUAUCUUGUUAAAUUUGCCCUUAUUCAUAGAAGAGGUGUAUCUCCAUUGCAGCUUAACAGGAUUUAGGCAAAAAAUCCCCAUUAAUUAGAAAUAUUUUGACAUACUGAGUAAACUGGAGCUUGAUUCAGGGAUAGUCAAUGGUCUUUCAUGGUUUUGUGCAACUUUAAGUAUUAUUGUUAGAAAGUUUUGAGUAAAGAAAAAAAACCCAAUUCAUCUUUGCUGCUUGGUAGUUUUUUUUAAAAAAAUCAUUUUAUAUUUCAAUUGAUAAAGUUAAGCCAAAACAAUGUUAAUUCAGAUUCAACCUUGUUGAAUUAUUUGAAAUAUUUCAUAAUUUAAAGGAGGAUUGCUUAUUUAAUUUUCAGGUAGGUUUUUAGAGUUGUCACACACAGUUUUAAUAACAAUGUCACUUUCCCAUUUGCAAUGUGUUAAGACUUUCGGUGUGGAAAAAAAGCAGAUGUCAUUUGUAAGACACUUUUCUUUCUCCAUGAAUAUUUGUUUGCUCGGUUAAGCAGACUGCCAAAUCAAAACGUUCAAGCUAUUACAGAAUAUAAUUCUCAAAGAUCUUAGCAUUUGUGACUGCCAUCUUCAGAUGACCCUUUUGUCUUAUUACUUCAGUGAGAUAAUAUCAGUGGUGGGAUUCAGCCAGUUCGCACCACUUCGAGAGAACCGGUUGUUAACUUUCUGAACAGUUUGGCAAACUGGUUGUUGGAAGAAAUCAUUAGGGCAGAGAACCGGUUGUUAAAUUACUUGAAUCCCACCACUGGAUAAUAUAAAUAUAGGAGACCAUAGUGAAUGUUCUUUUCUGGAAGGUUGUUGAUAUAGCCAUCUUUUUCUUGAGGUUAAAAUUAUUAACUGUUUUUAAAACAUGACCAGUUGAUUUGAAAACAGCAUUUGGAGAUUAAAGGAACAAGUGGCUAUAACUCCAUUUCUGUUUCAGCAAAUGAAUGGGGCCAGAACUAAUGAUAAUAUACCAUUGUCUUCAGACUGUUGUUCAGUCUCAACAAUUAAGGCCUCAGAUAGCUAUACGCACAUACACACAUACUUUAAGAUAACUGGUUGAAAGGCAUUUCUAUCACUUUUGAGAGAGAUACAAACCAUUCAAAAGUCUCAUGAUGCUGUAAACAUGUCUGAUCAAGAGAUGGUUUGGCUUUCUGUUUCACAGAUGUAUUUUACUUUCAUGUUCUUGAAAAGCUGUGGUAUCCACUUAACACACAGCUGCAAUAUUAGAUUUAAGAACUGAACAAUUAAAUUGUAGAAUACCAAUUACAGUAUGGGAUUCUCUUGCUUGUUAAAGCAGCUUUGAGGAUAAAGCAAGGCUGAUUAGUUUUGAGAUCCCUUUUUUGAUAUUCAGGUUAAUAAAAUUCACCAGGGGCUACAAUGUUAAAAAUGGACUGCGGUGCAUUCCAGAAUAUCAGCUCUCUGCUUCAGAAGUAUAGGAGGGUAAAAAGAGCGAAUUGUAGUGUGUUGUGUUCACGUUGGCAAAUGAACUUGAGAAACACUAAACAGGCCCAUGUUUGUGCAUUAUACUAAGACUGCUGUAUAAAAAAUAAAGGAUGUUUUUGUGUGUUUUUUAAAAUAUUUAAAGUUGGUUCAUUACUUGGUCAUAAAAAAAAAAUUGGCACAGUGACUCAGGACCAAUCUGCCCCUGAUGAAUGACCAUAUGUUACAAAGAAAUUAUGUUCUAUAAGUGUUAUAAAAAUUUACAGAAGACCCUGUUCUCAAUGUCUUUGCCUCCAUAAUUCUCUUCAGCCUCUAGCAAUUUGCUUUUGCCUGUUUUACUGUAUUUCUAUGCUUGGAACAGUCUACUAAGAGCAGAUGCUGGAAAGAGCAAACUGCUCUGAUCAUGAUCAAAGAAAGCAGAACUCUGGCUUAGUGCAGGACAUAGUUAUGCUGCCUGAAGCAGAAGAAAUGUGUGUUGAAUGAGUUCUGAAGUUUGUUGUUAAGAGCAGUCUGAUUUUGUUGUUCCCGUGUGCAGUAUGGCCAUUCCCACGAUAGCCAUAAUAGUGACUUAAAAGCAGUUAUCUUAUCUGAUUUUGCUGUUUCCAUCUUAAUUCCUCCUGACUUGCGCUAAUUUUCACACCUGUAAUUUAAUAGCAGAAUCAACCUUGCUACGUGACUACAGUCCUGCCUGAGCUGCUUGAGGUGCUUGCUGGGGUGGCGAUUGAGAUCCCCAGACUUUUGGUCAUGGGGGACUUCAAUCUGCCAUCAGCCGGCUUGUCGUCGACGGUGGUUCAGGAGUUCCAGGCUUCCAUGACGGCCUUGGACCUGAUCCAAGUAACUGAUGGCCCUACACACACGGGGGGGUCCACACUGGACUUGAUUUAUAUCUCUGGACAGUGGUUUAAUGAUCUGGUAUUAGGGGACUUAGUGACGAUACCGGUGUCAUGGACAGAUCAUUUUCUCCUCCGCCUAGACUUUCAGACCGCCGCUCACCACCGCAGGGAGACGGAACCAAUGCGUUGGUUCCGUCCCAGGUGCCUGAUGGACCCCGAGAGGUUCCUGACGGAGCUUGGGCCGUUUCCUGAGGAUCUUGCUCAUGGCACGACCGAAGAACUAGUUGCGGCCUGGGAACAGGCCGCGGCUGGGACUUUGGACUGUGUUGUGCCUUUGCGGCCUCUGACCCGGCGUAGAUCUCAAUUGGCUCCUUGGUUCUCUGAGGAGCUGAGAGAGAUGAAACGCCGGAGAAGA